AUGAAAGAAAUAGAGUUAAAAGUAGUUUAGCAGAGUGUUUUUUCUUCAAUGUCCUACUUCUUGAAGAACUCUUUAAUCGAAAUGAAAAGGAGAUUUUGUUAUUUUUUGCUAUCACUAGUUUCAAUCAUAGUAGUAGUUUGUGCUGCAUAAAUUACCUAAACAAUUACAGAUAAAUCUUAAUUAAUUUAUUUGCAAUCUGGUGAACUAGCUUAUGGAUAAAUAGAUAUGAAGUUUACCACUAAUAUAGAUUACAUUUAUAUACCAUUCUACAAAAAUAGAUAUGAGGAUAAAUCAACAUUCAACUUCACAUAAGUUCAGAAGAGACUUGAGCUUUUAGGCUUAGAGAAUCAAAUUUCACCUAGAAUUGUAUUUGACUUAAAUAUUACUCUUGUAUCAUAGUAAGGAGCUUGUGUUGUAGAUAGUUCAACUCCACUUUCUUCAUUUCCAGAAAUAUUCAACUAUUGUCCAAAUUAAAAAGAUUCUGAAUUGAUAUUUAUAGAUACUGAAAAGGAAAGAAAUAUUGGAUUAGGGAGAUCAUUUGACUUAUCAGAGAUUCCAGAAGAUUAAAUUGUGAUAAAUUAAGAACUUGCAGAUGAGAUGUAACUCAAAGAAGGCAGCACUGUUUUGUUCUCUAUCAAGCCUAAUAUUUAUUAUUUCUAUGGAAUUUAAACUUUUUGUUGGUUUCACUUUGACGGAAAUGAACAAAAUUGCUAAACUUCUCUAACUAACUUUGAACAUUAUUAGUUUGACACGUACAUUUCAGCUAAGGUUGCUAAAAUUAUUGAUAAAAAUGUUGGUAAAGAGUCAUUUAACACGAUGAAGAAGGCUGCUUUCAUGGAAUUUAAAUAUUUAUAUAAGCUCUUAAAUAAGCACGCUAAUUAAUAGUUGAAAUAUUACUUUCCUUUAUUGCAAUAUUAUGACAAUUUGUUUGAAUUGGAUCCUUACUAGCAUACUGCAUAAAUGGUGCUCAAUUUGCCAAACAGAGUAGAUUUUUAUACUAAACAAAAUAUGGACUAAAUUGAAAUAAGAGGAAACUUCAUAGCAAGUGAAAUAAUAAGAAUUUUAGGUGUUUAUCCUGUUUCAAUUAAUUUACCAAUACUUAAGCUAUUUCAUGAUCUCAAAUAUGCUUAGAUGUUUUUAAGUGUUGUUACAAAUAUGAUUAUACUUCUUUUCUCUUCUCUUAGCAUAAUGAUGCUCUAUAAUCUACUACUUGUAUCUGUAGAAACAAAAACAUACGAACUAGGUGUAUUAAGAAUAAUAGGACUUAACAAAGUAGGUGUUGUUAUCAUGAUUCUUUCUUAAAGUCUUUCUUUUGUCAUUCCAGGAGUUAUAAUCGGUAUACUCCUUGCAACUUAGAUAUUAGCUAUUGCCAGUGUAAAAGCUAAAGAAAUUGUUGGAUUAGAUAUCAGUAACUCGCCAUCUAUUAAUUCAUAUGGAUUAUGCUUAUUUUUAGGGCUAUUUAUACCAUUGGCUUCAUCGAUAAUACCAAUCAAGAGUGCGCUUAGUAACUCACUUAGUUUUGCACUUGAUAAAGAUAGGUCAAAGAGUUCUGCAGUUAAGAUCACUGUUGAUUUAGAUGGUAAAAAUACUAAUUGGGGAUAGAUUAGCUUUGGCCUACUUUGCUCACUUUUUGGAUUUUCUAUCUAUUAUUUAUUGCCUCUAUCGCUUUUUACAUUAGACAUGAGUAUGCUCAUAACAAUAUUUUUCUUUAUUUUAAUUGGACUUUUAGUGGGAUUGAUACUUGUAAGUAUUAACUUUUCUUACCUCUUUGAAAAACUAGUUGUCUAUGUGUGUCUAUUUUGGAUAUCGGCAUCUUCAUAAAAACUUGUCCUUAAGAACUUAACUUGUCAUAGAAUAAAAAAUACCAGAACUUCUAUUAUGUAUGGACUUAGUAUUGCAUUUGUAGUUUUUGUAUGGAGUGCAAUGAGUCUUUAAAUUGACUCCUAAUACUAUCAAGUUCUAUUAAGUUUUGGAGCAAACUAUUGUGUGCUUGAUAAUUUUAAUGGCUUUAAAAUAGACUCUUAUGAAAACAUGUUUUCAUCUGAUCUAAAAGAAUAUAUUAGAUCUUAUACCAUGGUAACACAAAACAUAGAACAAACUUUACAAGAUAAUGGUGUUCAUGGUUAAUUUAGAAUCAAAAAUAAAGGUUAAACAUUAAAUUUGAGAACUAGAGUUUUAGCUUUGUAACCAAAUUACUUGCAAACAACAUAUAAAUAAUUCCUAAAGAUAGAAUAAAAAUCAUCAAGUGGUUUAGAUAUUGUUUAAGAAUUAUAUUCAUCAUAAGAAGUAGGAAAAAUAAUAAUAAGCAAAUAAUUAGCAGAAUAGCUUUUCUAUAGCUCUGAUGUAAAUUUAGAUGAAGGAAGCAAUGAAAAUUACGUUUUCUUAGAGUUUACAGAUGGAAAAUAAACAGUUUUUAACUAUUAAUUUUAAGUUUCUUCUAUUGUUUCUUCAUUUCCAGGUAUAAAUAUGCAAGGAGGAGGUUUAUCUUCAUUAGAUUAAGAGCAAAAUGUUAUUAUAUCUAUUCCUGCUUUUCAGCAAAUACUUGAGAGUAUAAUUAAUAAGAAAUAAACUAAUAUUUAUGAUAGAAUGAUUAUAGAUGCAGAUUUAGAAAAUGAACUGAUUAUUAAAUCUAAACUUAGGGCUGCUUCUAAUUAUUAAUUAAGAUAUAUUUGGUCAUUUAAGGGCUCUUCUGAAGAAUUGGAAUAAAAUAUGAAAUUGAUUAAUAUUUCAUUUUCUGGUUUAGGAGGCUUAGUAAUGCUUCUUUGUUUUUUCUCUCUGAUAUCUUCAAUGACGGCAAAUAUCUAUGACCAAAGCAAAGAAAUAGCAAUAAUGAGAGCUGUAGGUCUGUCUAAGUUAAAAUUAUCUUUGAUAUAUAUCUACGAAUCUUUUGUCUUAGUUUUUUCGAGCUGCAUUAUAGGAACUAUUGUAGGUAUGGUUAUUGGAUAUUCUAUGAGUAUGCAAAGAUAGUUAUUCACUUAAAUGGCUGUUAACUUUAGAUUUCCAAAGGAUAUUUUGCUUUCUUAAUUUGUAAUUUCUAUAAUAUGUGCUUUUGCCUCAACUAUUAUGCCCAUAAUUCACUUACUCAGAUAGCCAGUCUCAAGCAUAAUAAGAAAAGUCUUUUGA